AUGUUUUCGACGCAGUUGGGCAGAUUUGCCCCUCGAGCGCUGAGAUACCCCUUUCCCCAGAUUGUUGUUUGCUCAGAUCCUGCAGUUGAUCGCAAGAUCCACGCCUCGCGGCUGAGGGAUGACUUUCCGGAGCAGUGCAAAGCCGUAAACUUUGGCUCUCACUUGUGCGACUAUUUUGAUGAGUACGAUCUGUACCUUCAGGGUACAGAUUACCUCUUGUCAGUUUUAGGAGAGAUAGCCUCUUAUAAUUUCGUUCGAGCUGGGCACGUGUGCCAGUUUGCCGCUGUAUGGGCCGUCGAUAAUAUGGAUAGAUUUUUGGCCAUCGGACCCUCUACAGAAAAGGUCUUCACCGAUGCCGAGAUUAGUCUUCAUGGAGAGGAGUUUUGCGUUGAUGCUCUGGCACAGCUCAAGUUUUUGAAGGCGUAUAAGGAGCUUCCGCCGCCGGUCUUAAUUCAUCAUCUCGGUCCUUGGGUCAGCCAGGAGCUUGGAGCGAAUGCUCCUGCCAUCUAUCCAUAUGACACCCCCAUGGUUUCAUAUGCUCAGUAUCCCCAAAUCCAGACGCCUCUCCCCCACUCACCGGCGCUGGCAAUGUCUAGCACCACUUCGCCAGUAAGCGUAGUAGCUAUGCCGCCUUCGCUCCCCAACAACUGGGUUCAGCCCUUUGGAUACAUGCCCCGCAACACGUCGGCACCCGAGCUUAGUGCGAAUUUAUUUCCGCUGGACCAAAUUCGAACUCCGCUCCGACCUCAUACAACUCCCGGGAUGUUGGAAACUUACAGAGGACUCCCCUUGGUGAACUUUGGAAUACAUCAAGGAAAUAGACGCAUCUCCGAAAAUGCGCCCAUAACCCAAAACCAUGUCUUCGUCAAGACAACUUCUCCUCCUCGAGGACCAGAUCCUCUACCAGUUGUCUUUCACCAGCAAAUUCCUGUUGAUUCGUCAGAUUAUAGAGCUACCAGUAAACAGGUUCAAGCACGGAAAUUUAGCCGGGAAUACUACGGUCAACGACUCCAUCAGCGAGAGUCGACCAAUGAUCCCAACCGACCUGCCGCUCAUGGUGGCCGAAUGUCAUCAUAUCAAUCCGGCAUUGGGAGACGCAUUUCCGGAGAUAAUAAGAUGGUAACUCCUACUGUCUCGCCCCCAACGACGGUCUAUGUUGGCAACAUCCCAGAUGGGAUCGAUCAGAAUUACCUCACGUGGUUUUUUCGAGAUUUUGGCCCGGUUUUAGAAGUGUUCAUACCGAGGAGAUACCAAUAUUCUCGUUUCAAAUUCAGAGAGGGCGCCAUCAGAGCUGUAAAUCACAAUUCCGGAGUAUUCCUCCACGGCUACCGUCUUAAGAUUGAAAUGGGAAGACCCCCUGGGGCUUACAUUCCCAAGAAGCAACAUGCGGAUUCGGCCAUUAAGGCUGGCACGCCGGAGAAGCUGGUGUCGCAUACCGAGUCGCCUGUGAAGGUCAUUUAUAGUCCGCAAGACGUUAGAAGCAGCUUGCCUGAUGCGGACGAAUUGGCCCUUCCAAGUGACGACAGCAAAUCUACCGAGCAGACUCAAACUGACCAACCGGAUCAGGAGGCGCUCGCGGCACCGACUAACCAAGAUUUGGAGGAAUUAGUGAAGAAUUUUGCGGAAUGCCGUCUCGAAAUUUCUUCCACGACUUCUGAAUUGGAUCCUCCAUCCCCAUCUCCUUUCCAGACGAGCGUCCAGGCAUCUGCCUCUGAGACGAUACCACACGAAGCCAUCGAAGGCAGCAUCUGUGUUGAAGUUGAUAAUGUCUUGGCAGUACAAGACUCAGAAGUGCUCACAUCAGGUGAUCAGGUCGAAGAAUCGGUAGAAAAAACGGCCGAUGAUGUAGAGAGCCAUGCGCCAUUCGAGGACAACAAUACAACUCCAGCAUCCCAAGGUAUUGAAGAUCAGAGUAGCAGUCCUCUUCAGAGUGACUCUGAAGGGCUUGUGCUUAAUGUCUCCACAAUGUCAGUGGAAAGCACCCCUGAACCUUCUGUCGCCAAUGGCGGGCUCGAACCUGCUGCAGAUGCAGCUGUUGAUGGAAUGCAUACUUUUUCUCACUCCGAGAGCCGCGAUCAGGAUUCAAGCUCAAGAUAUCGCAACAUGCAUUCCCAAGAACCGUUUCAUUUUACGCUAUCCGAGGCCUCUCCGCCACUUUCGGAAAGCAAGCCGAGCGCUGAAACUACGGACUUGAUCGAUAGCAAGCCGAUUGCAGCUGCUAAAAAGUCUAUCAAGACCCCUCCCCCAAAGAGGGAAAAGGCGAAGAAGACAAAGCGCAGGAACAAGGCUUGGUUUGGCCCAUCGCCUGAAGACGUGGUCUCUACGGAGUCCACUGACUCUAAGAAAGAUGUCUUCUCUGAAGGCUCUGAUGAAGCGGGUUCAUCCCAAUACAAUGAGUCUGAAGCCAACGAACCAGCCAAAUCUACAUCAACGGAUCUCGGAAAUUCUUCUGCCGAGGACGAAUGUUCACAGGAAGAUCGCGCCGACCCUCAAGUUCUGCCAGGGUCCUCGGUGCAUUCAGUAUCGGAGAGUGAUGGAUUGGCGCUCAGCGAGAAGAGCGCAUUGAGGAAUGAGGACGCUGCCGAGAAGGAACUCGUUAAGGAGGCAGAGCAUUCACCAACCUAUACACUGCAAACCGUUUCUCCAAAAAUAGCAGCAGGUGGAUUAGUCCAGCUUGAGCUGACCGAAGACAACGCUGGCCAGAACAAGUCUCUGAUGCAGAUCGAUAUCAAUGUUGCCAAAAGCAAUACCCAAUUCCGCCAAAAUAGUUUUACCACUACGAAGGAUUCUCCUGCAACUCAAAAGUCAGUUCCCAAAAGGAAGAAGAAUAAGGGAAAGCGAAGAAAUUUCUCUCGGCGAGACCUGAAAAACGAUGAAUCCAACGAAUUCAGUCCGAAAACGAACACUCCCAUCGCAUCAGGUCCGAAAACGAACACAUCUAUCACAUCGGGUCAGGAAAACAAUACACCUAUCCCAUCGAGUCCGGAAAACAACACUCCCAUCGCACAGGGUCCGGAAGACAAUACACCUAUCCCAUCGAGUCCGGAAGACAAUACACAAAUAAAGUUGAACACUGAGGCUACGACAACUGAAUGUAUCUCAUGCGUACCGCUCCCCUACGCUGGGAAUUUUGACGAGUGGGCGAAGCCUCGAGAGAGAGUGCCUUCCGUCGCUUCGGAUAAACACGAGACGGAGUCCACUGAUGUGGCUUCAUCCGCAAGCACAACCAGUUGGUCUCAAGUAGCUGCUCGAUCUAAUCCCUCCUCUGAUAGCAUUCAAUUACGCACCAAGGAAUCUCCAUCGGUGGAGCGCGAUCCCUGGGCUGUCGACUCAUCCGCAUCGGACAAGUCGCAAAGUUUAGCUCCGGAACACUCUGAGCAGAAACUUGAUGAACCUGAUUUUGCCGCCCCUCCAAAGACUAUCAUGACAAUUCAGUUUGGAUCUUUGUCCGCAGUAAUUGUUAGAAGCGUUGCGGGAUCCAUCAAUUCUGAUGACUCAUCUCGCCAGCGAGCGUUGAGUCAGGGGUCAGUUUCCUCGAAUACUACCGCCAAAUCAGCGUCAUCUUCUGUCCGGAUUUCCGACAAGGACGAUUUCCCUGACCUUGUCAAAUCUGCUUCAAACAAGAGUGUCGACACUCCUCCGCCCAAGGCACCAGUGUUAACGCCCGCCGUGAGGGCCAAGUCAUCGAUUGACGGCAAGAAGACUCGGCCCCUUGAGGAAAAGAAGCCUCUAAACGCCGCAAAGGAGAACAAGCUCCCCAACCAACCAAGUAGCGACACUACUACGAAUGAUAAAAAGAAGAACUUUCCGAAACGUCGCGGCGGCCAUCAUCGCCAGUUCCGAGAGCGAACGAAUAAUGCUCAACAUUAG